AUGCUAGUCGAAUUGCAGAACGACCAUUCUGGAGAAUUUUUUUCCAAAAAAAUUCUCGAUAUCGAAUACGAAGAAUUUAUUAAACGACUAUCCAUAAUUCAGAUCCCCCAAGAAAUUCAUGAAACAUACAUAGAAAUGAAGUUUCAUUAUUGGACGUUGGAGCUUGAAAAAAAUGACCCGAAACAACCAUUAGGUUAUACGAUUGAUUAUGAUAAUUUAAAUUUAAUAAGCAUUAUAUGGAAAACUGAUAAACCAUUAAUAGUCGUGACCCAUGGAUAUAUCAAUAGGUAUGACGACCAGGGAGCAUAUUCCAUAAAAAAUA